GACAAAUCUAGUGAGUGCAGACAGCGUGCAUUACAGUCCCGUGCUAGUCAGCCCGCUUCAUAAACGAAGCCGUAGUGAGCCCAGCGGGAAAAUGCAGCGAUCCGUCAGUGCCUGUUUCCGGAGCACAAUGUCGACGCAGCUUCGAACUGUGUGUUUUGGGAGCAAUUGUGAGUAUCAAUACGAAGAUCGUAACUUCAUGGGAUCAGGCAGCUUCGGCGAGGUUUACAAAGCCAGCAUUACGGAGCGUGGCAAUUAUGUUGGACCUGACGUUGUUGCUAUGAGAUGUUUCAAUAUAAAAGAGAAGAAGUUUGUGGAAAAUCGAGAAAAUUAUGCCAAGCUGCAGGAGGGAUUCGAAACGAUGCUGAAGCUGAAACACGAUCACUUGGUGAACUAUCAUAAAAUCACCAUUAUACCCACACUUGGUAGCGUAACGGUGAACUUCAUCAUGGACUAUUAUCGUGCCGGGAACCUAGAAAGUGAGCUGAAAAAGAUGAAAGACAGCGGAAUCCUUCUGAAUGUUGGGGACGCCAUCUGCCACGCACUGGACUUGGCUAGUGGACUGGCGUUCCUGCACGAGAACGGCAUAACUCACGGCGACCUGAAACCCUCUAACGUGCUCAUCGAUGGCUCCAACGCCCAACGCGGUACUCUGCGUAUAUCCGACUGGGAUGGCCUCGUUACUCUGCAACUCUGCAGUGUCAGCUCGCUUAACAGCGAGCAUUUCCGCAGCAGCGAGCGCUACAUGUCUCCCGAAAUGGUGCGUGCGAUAGGACCCCCGGAAACCCUCAUCACGUGGCCCACGAUGCCCGAUUCGUCUACGGACGUCUGGAGCGUGGGAUGUGUCUUGCUGCAGUUGAUCCGCGCAAUUACGGGCGAUUAUAGAGAAACACUGCAGCAUCCGGUCAGCGGAAAAGUGCUGGGUGCGAGUCAAUCCAUCAGCGACUGGGUUUACGGGGUAGCGGUAAUGCAAGGGUUUGUUCCCGUAGUCUUUGAUGCAGCGGCCGUGCCUGCCGAGCUCGCCGCGUGUGUUCGCAACUGCCUGCGCAUCGCCAAUAACCAGAGAACAUCUGCGCGUCAGUUGUUGGAGCAUUUAUCCCGAAUAAGCGAGAACAGUGGACCAUGAACGGCUUCCCCCCAAAAUUAUUACUUUUAGCAAGAAGAAUUUCGCAGAUAAUCGUUUAUUGGCAAUCAGCUGAUCUUUGCAGUGGUUUUUGACAAGUGAACAAAUUUUUUAGAGAAUUUCUUUAUUUGGAAAUAUUUGGCAAUACAGCUAACAAGUGCAUUCACGGCACGAGUUUUAUAUCUUUUCACAGUGGUUCGUAGCGGUGAGCACUACACAGUACACAGAUUAACGGGCCAAAUUACGUCAACCUAGAGCUGGUGCAUGCGUAAAGACAUACAUCUAUGUUUACUGUAUACGGUUACCGAACGGUGUAUACGG